AUGACCAAAGGAGGUAAAAAACCAACAGCUCAUAAAAAGGUUGUAUCAACAUUUACAAUUCAAGAGCCAGAAGAAUUCAAAGAUAACACUAGAGAAUUAAAAGCUGAAGCUGAAAGAGUUAGACAAGAAGGAUUUAGAAAGAUUAAAGAAGAGAAAUUACAAAAGGAACAAGCUUUAAUCAGAGAAAAGCAAGAGGCUGAAGCAAAGAAAAAAUUAGAAGAACAAGAGAAAUUAGAACAAGAACAAAAGAAAAAACAACAAGAAGAAGAGGAUAAAAAAAGAAAACAACAAGAAGAAGAGGAUAAAAUAAAACAACAACAAUUGAAAAAAGAGGAAAAAGAAAAAGAAAAAGCUGCUGCUGCCAAUCCAAAAUCCUCAAAACUUGAUAAUAAAAAAGAGGUUGAAGAAUCUAAAGUUGUUGAAAUUUCAACUCAACCAACUACCACUACCACCACCACCACCAAUCAAGUAAACAACAAUAGCAAUAAUAAUAAUAAUAAUGAUAUUUCAUCACCAUCAACUCAAUUAAAGAAACAAAAUGGUAAAAAAGUAGUAAAAAGAAAACAUAGUACUCAAUUAAGUGGAUUUGAAAUUAGUGAACCAUCAAGUUUCGAUGAUGAACAAUUCAAAAUCGAUAAUGAGGAUGUUAUUAGAUUAAGAACAAAAUUCAUUAAAGUUACAAAACCAAAGAAAAAUAAAAAGAACGCAAGUAAAUCUGGUUCACCAGCAAUCAUUUCAUCAAAUACUACUUCAGAAUCUGUAACACCACAAAAUUUUGCUCAAGAAAAUUCUCCACCAACUACAACUCCAGCCACAACUCAAACUCAAGUAACUGAAAAACCAAAACAACAAGAAGAAGAAAAAGAGGAAGGAGAAAAAGAAGAACCAAAACCAGUUGUUCCAGAAAUUAAAAAAAUUGGAAUUAAAUCAUCACCAAAAGCUGAACAAAAACCACAUUAUACUAUUCCAAAAAAGAAUAAACAACAACAACAACCACCAAAACCAACAACCAAUGAAGCUAAACCAGCUGGUGAAACUAAAAAAUCAACUGGUAAAAAAUCACCAAAACAAUCAAUAACUAAAAAUAAAUCUGCUACUUUCACAAUUAUUGAACCAUCAUUUGGUAUUCAAGCUCCCUCAUCAAAUACUACAACCGCUACUCCAGUUGAAGAUUCAUCUUCAAAAACUGUUGAUUCAACUACUACAACAACCACAACAACCUCUACUGCAACCAAAACACCAGCUAAACCAACUCCAACUCAAUCUAAAAAGAAACAAAAUAAAAAGAAACCAUCAACUACAAAUAAAUCAGAUGAUGAUAUUGAGGGACUUUUAAAACAAAUUAAUGAUCCAAAACAAAGAAAAGUCAAACAACCAACCACUACCGCCACUCCAGUAGUUUCCAAAGAAGAUGAAGCUAAAAAACAAAAAGCUGCACAAGAAUCUGCUGAGAAAAAGAAAUUGACUGAUCAAAACAAAAAGGAAGCUCAAGAACAAGAAAAGUUAAGAGUUGCUGAAGCUAAAAAAGUUGCUGAUGCAAAAAAAGCUGCCGAUGCUGAGGAAUCAAAGAAAGCUGCCGAUGCCAAGAAAGCUGCUGAUGCAGAAGCAAAGAAAGCUGCAGAAGCAAAGAAAGCUGCUGAUGCAGAAGCAAAGAAAGCUGCUGAUGCCAAGAAAGCUGCUGCUGAUGAAGAAGAAGCAAAGAAAGCUGCUGAUGCCAAAAAAGCUGCCGAUGCCAAGAAGGCUGCUGAUGAGGAAGAAGCAAAGAAAGCUGCUGAUGCCAAGAAAGUUGCUGAUGCAGAAGCAAAGAAAGCUGCUGAUGCUAAGAAAGCUGCUGAUGAAGAAGAAGCAAAGAAAGCUGCUGAUGCAAAGAAAGCUGCUGAAGAAGAAGAAGCAAAGAAAGCUGCUGAUAUCAAGAAAGCUGCAGAAGAUGCCAAAAAAGCAGAAGAUGCCAAAAAAGCAGAAGAUGCCAAAAAAGCAGAGGAGGAUAGAUUAGAAGCAGAGGCAGAAAAGAAAAGAUUAGCAGAAGAACAAGCAAAGAAAGAGGCAGAUGCAAAGAAAGCAGAGGAGGAUAGAUUAGCAGCCGAAGCAGAAAAGAAAAGAUUAGAAGGGGAACAAGCAAAGAGAGCAGAAGAAGAUAGAUUAGCAGCUGAAGCAGAAAAGAAAAGAUUAGCAGAUGAAGCAGAAAAGAAAAGAUUAGCAGAUGAAGCAGAAAAGAAAGAGGCUGAAGGAAAGAAAGCAGAAGAAGAUAGAUUAGCAGCUGAAGCAGAAAAGAAAAGAUUAGCAGAUGAAGAGGCAGAAAAGAAAGCAGCAGAAUCAAAGAAAUUAGCUGAAGAAGAAGAAAAGAAAGCAGUAGAGGCCAAAAGAUUAGCAGAUGAAGAAGAAGAAAAGAGAGCAGCAGAAUCAAAGAAAUUAGCUGAUGAAGAACAAGCAAAGAAAGCAGCACAAGAAGAAGAAGAGAAAAAGAAAUUAGAAGAAGAAGAAGAAAAGAAGAAAGCUGCUUCUGAGCAAGCUGAACAAAAACAAGUUGCUGAAGAUUCUGAUAAAAAGAAAGCAGACGAAGCAGAAAUUCGUCCAUUAUCUCAUCCAACCCUUUCAAGACCAUCUAAAAAAUCAUCAUCGUCAUUAAAGUUAAAUAGAGUUGAAACUGAAUCAGAGGUCGAAGCAUCAAAAUCUGAAGAAACCAAAGAAGAGGAAAAACCAGAACCAGAAGAGGAAAAACCAAAAGUAGAAUAUAAACCUGAUUUUAAACCAGUUGGAGGUAUUGAUAUUUUUGGUGGUGCCAAAAUCAAUCCAGCCGAAGUUGUUUUAAAGAAAACUACCUCUUCAAGUAAUAUCAUUGAACAUACACCAGCACCAGCACCAGAAGAACAAGGUACAUUUAAUUUCCGUUCAGUUUUAAAGAAUUCAAAAUCCAGUGAAAAAUUAUCCGAAUUUGCAAAUGGCGGAUCUACCACCUCCUCAACAACUACUACACCUUCAACAGGUACUCCAGUUAAACCAACCUUAUCAAAAUCACCAUCUGUUGUAAAUAAUAAAUCAACCACCUCAAUUCCAAUUCCAACUUCCUCACCAGUUAUUUCCCCAGCUGCUGUUACCUCUAUGCCAUCAGAAGCUGUUGGAACUUAUACUUAUGAUGAAUUAAAGAAUUUCAAAACCAAUGGUAUCAAUGUUGAUCCAAGUAAAUUAGAAAUCUAUUUAAGUGAUGAAGAAUUUACAAAGGUUUUAGGUAUGUCCCGUACUGAAUACAUUAAAUUACCAGCAUGGAAACAAAAAAAUAAGAAACAAGAUGCUAAACUCUUUUAA